CUCAUCCAGGAUUCCCCAGACUCUCCUGCCUACUCCACGUGGCCAAAGUAAACAGAAGGUGGGCCGGGGCGGGGAGAAACUCGACGCGGCCAAUUUCCUAAUUUGUCAAGUCUUUUAAAAAGCAGGCCGCUAAAGCAGCAAGGCCGUGCCCUCGGCGAAACCCUGGAGCGCUUCAGCAGAGCUAGAUCUAAGCGACAGAGAAGGGAGGUCACAGCGGGGUCGCGUGGACCUUCAGACGAUGAGGGGUGCAGGCCCUUGAGGACAGGCUGGCAGACAUUCAGCAGCACACUCUCCCAAGAUUGUUUGCUCACCUUUGCUCCCGUUGAGUUGCCACACUUGGGGGCAGGAGAUGGGCUCAGCACCAGCCAGCAGGACAUGAUCCAGAGGGGCAGUGAGGGACAGAGCUGCUGAACUCAUCCAGAGGGCAGCCUUGUGGAUGGCCCCGAAGCAAGCCUGAUGGAACAGAACAGAACCAACCAUGUUGAGGGCAACAGACUAAGUCCAUUCUUGACACCAUCGCCUUCUCCCAUGUGCCAGACAGAACCUCUGGCUGUAAAGCUCCAGAAUGGAAGCCCAUUAACCGAGAGACCUCACCCAGAAGUCAAUGGGGAAAGCAAGUGCCAGUCUGUCAGAAGUUAUUAUGGAAUACCCCACAGGAAGGGAAGCCAGAACAGUCGUGUGAGUCCUGACUUUAUACAAGAAGGCAGAGGGUAUUCUAAGUGUUUGCAAAAUGGAGGAAUAAAACGCACAGUCAGUGAACCUUCUCUCUUUGGGCUCCAUCAGAACAAGAAAUUGAAACAAGACCAAAAGGCUAAUGGAGAAAGGCUUAACUUCGGGGCAAGUCAAGAAAGAAAUCCAGGUGAAAGCAGCAGUCAACCAAAUGUCUCUGAUUUGAAUGAUAAAGGAGAAUCUAGUAGCUCUGCAGCCCGAGAAAAGGCAGUUAAAGAUUUCACCAGUUUUCCAACACAUAACUGCCGUGGGUCUGAAAAUCCAGAGCUUCAGAUUCUGAAUGAGCAGGAGGGGAAAAAUGCUAACUACCACAACAAAAACAUUGUGUUACUUCUUAAAAACAAGGAAGUGCUAAUGCCUAAUGGUGCUACCGUUUCUGCCUCUUCCAUGGAAAACACACAUGGUCAACUCCUGGAAAAAACACUGUCUCAAUAUUAUCCAGAUUGUGUUUCCAUUGCGGUGCAGAAAACCACAUCUCACAUAAAUGCCAUUAACAGUCAGGCUACUAGUCAGUUGUCCUGUGAGAUCACUCACCCAUCGCAUACCUCAGGGCAGAUCAAUUCUCCACAGACCUCGAACUCUGAGCUGCCUCCAGAGCCAGCUGCAGCCGUGACUGAGGCCUGCAAUGCUGACAAAGCCAGUAAACCAGCUGCAAUGCUGGAUACCUGUUCCUUUCAAAAACCAGAACAGUUACAACCACAAAAAGCAGUUUUUGAGAUUUGCCCAUCUCUUGCGGAAAACAGUAAGGUCCAAGGAACCACAAAGCUAGUAUCUGGUGAAUUUCGUUCAGGUUCCAGCAGCAAUUCGCAAGCUCCUGGUGGCAGCCUGGAACGGUAUUUAAAACAAAACGAAAUGAAUGGUGCUUAUUUCAAGCGAAGCUCAGUGUUCACUAAGGAUUCCUUUUCUGCCGCUGUCACACCAUCACCAUGGCUUCUUUCUCCCCCUCCUCCUCUUCCGCCGGUUCCUCAGCUUCCUUCCGAAGGAAAAAGCAUGCUAAAUGAUGGGGUUUUAGAAGAACACCAUCAGUACCCCAACCACAGCAACACAACUCUUUUAAGGGAAGUGAAAAUAGAGGGUCACCCUGAGGCACCACCAUCCCGGAGUCCUACUUCAGCUACCCACAGAUCAAACCCCUCUCUGAUGCUUUCAGAAAGGCUUCAGAAUAAUUGUGUCAACACAAAUGACAUGCGGACUCCAGGGACAUUGUGUCCUGAGAAAAUGAGACCAGUCUCAGGACAUCUCAGGCAUAACCCGCCGAUUCUCAGUAGCAGUGGAGGUCUGCAGAACCACUGCCGGGAGCUGAUGAGACACAAAGAGCAAGAGACUCUGAAGGGUCAUGACAAGGAGCAAACACGCAAUCCCGUGCUCCCAGCACAGCCCUGUCUGAAACCCGGAUGGAUCGAAUUAAAGGCCCCUCGUUUUCACCAGGCAGAAUCCCAUGUGAAACGUAAUGAAACAUCACUGCCUUCGAUUCUGCAGUAUCAAUCCAACUCUUCCAAUCAAAUGACCUCCAAACAAUACACUGGAAAUUCCAACAUGCCGGGGGGGCUCCCAAGGCGCGCUUACACCCACGAAACAAUACAGCUAGAGCAGAAAUUACAAAUGUACCAAGCUGAGAUGAAUCAAGGGCAGUCCCAAGGUCCGGUGGACCAACAUCUCCAGUUCCAAAAACCCUCCCACCAGAUACACUUCUCCAAGGCAGACCCUUCACCCGAAGCUCACAUGCAUUCACUGUGUGCUUCUAGAUUUCAUUUUCAACACAGAGCAGAUCCACGAACUGAGAAACUCCUAUCCCCAUUGUUAAAACAGCACUUGAAUCAACAGGCUUCAAAGACUGAGCCAUUUUCAAACUCACACCUUUUACAGCAUAAGCCUCAUAGGCAGGCAGCACAAACACACCUGUCCCAGAAUUCACAUCUCCCGCAAAACCAGCAACCGCAGCAAAAAUUACAAAUGAAGAAUAAAGAACAAAUGCCCCAGACUUUUCAUCAUCCCCAAAGCAACAAUGAUCAGCAAAGAGAAGGCGCAUUCUUUGACCAGAUUAAAGUGGAAGAAUGCUUUCGUGGUGAAAAUCAGUAUUCAGAAUCAAAUGAUUUCCAGACUAUUAAUACCCAGAUGGGACUGGAGCAAGUACAAAAUAUGAAUAGUAGAAAUUCCGCUUGUAGUCAAAUCUUAAAAUCAAGUGCAAACAAAGGGCAGAUUCCUUGUUCCAACAAUACACACCUCGUUCCAGAGAAUAAAGAACAGACUAGACAUUCUGAACUAUUUGUCAGAAACAAGACCCAAAACUUGCAUCACCUGCAAUAUGUUCCAAAUAAUGUGACCCCAAAGCAAGAUGUUCUUCAUAGGUGCUUUCGAGAACAAGAGCAGAAGGCUCAGCAAGUUUCAGUUCUACAGGGAUACAAAUGUAGAAACCAAGAUAGGUCUAAUCAACAAGCUGUACAACUCACUCAGCAAAGGUACUUGAUGCAUAACCAAGCAAAUGCUUUUCCUGUGCCUGACCAGGGAGGGAGUCACAUUCAGACCCCACCCCAGAAGGACGUUCAAAAGCAUGCCGCCCUAAGGUGGCACCUCUUACAGAAACAAGAACAGCAGCAAACACAGCAACCCCACACUGAGUCUUGCCAUAAUCAGAUGCACAGGCCAAUUAAGGUCGAACCUGGCUCCAAGCCCCAUGCCUGUAUGCACCCCUUAUCAGCACAGCCAGAAAACAAAAUGUGGGAAAAGAUAACGAAACAAGAGAUUUCACCUCCAAGCUGUGACAAUGUGCAGCAAAAGAGCAUUAUCGAGACCAUGGAGCAGCAUCUAAAGCAGUUUCGAGUCAAAUCGUUAUUUGACCAUACGGCUCUUACUGUCAAAUCACAGAAGCAAGUGAAAGUUGAAAUGUCAGGGCCGGUCACAGUUUUAACUAGACAGACCACUGCUGCAGAACUUGAUAGCCACACCCCAGCUUUAGAGCAGCAAGCAACUCCUUCUUCAGAAAAGACACCAACCAAAAGAACAGCUGGUUCUGUUCUGAAUAAUUUUUUAGAGUCACCUUCCAAAUUACUAGAUACUCCUAUAAAAAAUUUAUUGGAUACACCUGUCAAGACUCAGUAUGAUUUCCCAUCAUGCAGAUGUGUAGAGCAAAUUAUUGAAAAAGAUGAAGGUCCUUUUUAUACCCAUCUAGGAGCAGGUCCUAAUGUGGCAGCUAUUAGAGAAAUCAUGGAAGAAAGGUUUGGACAGAAGGGUAAAGCAAUUAGGAUUGAAAGAGUCAUCUAUACUGGUAAAGAAGGCAAGAGUUCUCAGGGAUGUCCUAUUGCUAAAUGGGUAGUUCGCAGAAGUUGCAGUGAGGAGAAGCUACUGUGUUUGGUGCGGGAGAGAGCCGGCCACACCUGUGAGGCUGCCGUGAUUGUGAUUCUCAUCCUGGUGUGGGAAGGAAUCCCUCUGUCUCUGGCUGACACACUCUACUCGGAGCUCACUGAGACCCUGAGGAAAUAUGGCACACUCACCAAUCGUCGAUGUGCCCUGAAUGAAGAGAGGACAUGUGCCUGUCAGGGGCUGGAUCCAGAUACCUGCGGUGCCUCCUUUUCUUUUGGUUGUUCGUGGAGCAUGUACUAUAAUGGAUGUAAGUUUGCCAGAAGCAAGAUCCCACGGAAAUUUAAGCUGCUUGGGGAUGACCCAAAAGAGGAAGAGAAACUGGAGUCUCAUUUGCAAAACCUAUCCACUCUUAUGGCACCUACAUACAAGAAACUUGCACCUGAUGCAUAUAAUAAUCAAAUUGAAUAUGAACACAGAGCACCGGAGUGCCGUCUGGGUCUUAAGGAAGGCCGUCCGUUCUCAGGGGUCACUGCGUGUUUGGACUUCUGUGCUCACGCACAUAGGGACUUGCACAACAUGCAGAAUGGCAGCACAUUGGUAUGCACUCUCACCAGAGAAGACAAUCGAGACAUUGGAGGAAAACCUGAGGAUGAGCAGCUCCAUGUUCUACCUUUAUACAAAGUCUCUGAUGUGGAUGAGUUUGGGAGUAUAGAGGCUCAGGAGGAGAAAAAACGAAACGGCGCCAUUCAGGUACUGACUUCUUUUCGACGGAAAGUCAGGAUGUUAGCAGAGCCGGUCAAGACUUGCCGACAAAGGAAGCUAGAAGCCAAGAAAGCUGCAGCUGAAAAGCUUUCCUCCCUGGAGAACAGCUCAAAUAAGAAUGAAAAGGAAAAGUCAGCCUCCUUACGUAUGAAACAGACCGAAAAUGCAAACCAGGCAAAACAAUUGGCAGAACUUUUGCGACUUUCAGGACCAGUCAUGCAGCAGUCACAGCAGCCCCAGACCCAGGCACUACAGAAGCAGCCACCACAACCAUUGCAGCCACUGCCACCCCCCCAGAGACCGCAGCAGCCCCUGCCACAGCAGCCACAUCACCUGGUGACAAGUAACCCUCAGUCGGAGGCUGUCAGCUCUUACUCUGCUUCUGGAUCCAUCAGUCCAUACUUGAGACGGCCCAACCCAGUUAGUCCUUAUCCAGGCUCUUCACACACUUCGGAAAUUUACAGAGGUGCCAACCCUAUGAACCCCUAUUCCACCUCAUCUCAAGCUGCAGGUUCAUAUUUGAAUUCUUCUAAUCCCAUGAGCCCCUACCCUGGGCUUCUGAGUCAGAAUAACCAAUAUCCAUCAUAUCAGUGCAAUGGAAAUGUAUCCGUGGACAACUGCUCCCCAUACCUGGGUUCCUGUUCCCCCCAGUCUCAGCCCAUGGACCUCUACAGGUAUCCAAGCCAAGACCCUCUCUCAAAGUUAAAUCUCCCACCCGCCCAUACAUUUUACCAGCCGAGGUUUGGAAGUAGCCAGAGUUUUGCUUCUAAGUACUUAGGCUAUGGAAACCAGACUCUGCAGGGAGACGCCUUCAGCAGUUGUACCAUGAGGCCGAGUCUGCAUCACGUCGGGACACUGCCUUCUUAUUCCUCUCGCGAGAUGGACGGCCGCUUCAUGGGAGGCACCUCUAGACCACCACCCAGUGUGAGCAAUACAAACAUAGACUAUAAAAAUGGUGAACAUCAUCCGUCUUCUCACCUGAUCCAUAACUACAGUGCAGCUCCCGGCAUGUUCAACAGCUCUCUUCAUGCCCUGCACCUCCAAAACAAAGAGAAUGAUUUGCUUUCCCACACAGCGAAUGGGCUGUCCAAGAUGCUUCCCGGGCUCGCCCCCGAAAGAAGCACCUGCGCCCCAGGCGGUGCACACAGGUGGAACGAGGCUCCGGGUCAGGAGGGGCGGCCCCUGGCCCCUGCCCAGAGCCCGGCCGCGGCCCCGGAGGACGAGGAGGUCUGGUCAGACAGCGAGCAGAGCUUCCUCGACCCCGACAUCGGGGGUGUGGCUGUGGCCCCCACGCACGGGUCGAUUCUCAUCGAGUGCGCAAAGCGCGAGCUCCACGCCACCACGCCGCUGAAGAACCCCAACAGGAACCACCCCACCAGGAUCUCGCUCGUCUUCUACCAGCACAAGAGCAUGAACGAGCCGAAACACGGCCUGGCUCUCUGGGAGGCCAAAAUGGCAGAAAAAGCCCGUGAGAAAGAGGAAGAGUGUGAAAGGUAUGGCCCAGACCACGUGCCUCCGAAAACGCACGGCAAAAAAGUGAAGCGGGAGCCCAGCGAGCUGCACGAGCCUCCAGAGCCCACCUACCUGCGCUUCAUCAAGUCCCUCACAGAAAGGACCCUGUCCGUGACCACAGACUCCACGGUGACCACGGCUCCCUACGCCUUCACCCGGGUCACCGGGCCCUACAACAGAUACGUGUGAUGCGGCCCCUCUGCUGGUUACCUCGUCUGAACAGACCACAACCCACCUGUCCGUAGAGUAGUUCUCGGGAAGUGGGCAGCGGGGAAAGGCUCAGUAUUCAUGGCAAAUGUGGUGGGAGAAACCUCAGCUCACCAGCUAAAAAAGAGGUGAUCUCACCCUAGCACUUAAUUUCCACUGACUCCCAAGUGAUCACAGAUGGCAUCUGGGAAAAAGACCAAAGCAUUCUAUGCAAAAAGAAGGUGGGGGGGAAAAAGUGUCCCACAAUUUACAUUUUUAAACACUGGUUCUAUUAUUGGACGAGAUGCUAUGUAAAUGUGAUUUUUUUUCCCCCCUUACACAUCUGUGACCACUUUUAAUAAUAUCAAGUUUGCAUAGUCAUGGAACACGAAUCAAACAAGUACUGUAGUAGUACAGUGACAGGAAUCUUAAAAUACCAUCUGGUGCUGAAUAUACAAUAUACUGAAAUACUGGAAUUAUGGCUUUUUAACAUGGCAGUUUUUACUGUAAUCUUAAUAUUAACUUUUAUUUAUCAAAAUAGCUACAGGAAGCAUACAUGAUUAGCAGCAAAACACUGAAUUGUGUGGAUGUUCCAAGAAAUGGUGCUAAGAAAAUGGUGUCUUUAAAUAGUUGAAAAUUUAAUGCCUUUUUAUCAUCAAGAUGCUAUCCCUGUACUCCAGUGCCCUUGAAUAAUAGGGGUACCUUUUCCUUCAAGUUUUUACCAUAAUUACCUAUUCUUACACAAGCUUAAGUUUUUAAAAUGUGGACAUUUUAAAGGCCUCUGGAUUUUGCUCGUCCAGUGACGUCCUCAUAGGACAAUAAACGUAUAUAUGUACAUAUAUACAAAAACAUGUAUAUGUAUAAAUAUUUUAAAUGGUGUUUUAGAAGCACUUUGUCUACCUAAGCUUUGACAACUUGAACAAUGCUAAGGUACUGAGACGUUUAAAAAAACAAGUUUACUUUCAUUUUAGAAUGCAAAGUUGAUUUUUUUUAAUGAAACAAGGAAAGCUUUUAAAAUAUUCUUGCUUGUAGCCAUGCAUCUGCUGAUGAGCAAAGUGUCCAUUUUUAAUACAGCCAGUUAAAUCCAAAAUGGGGCUUACUGGAUUCAAGGGAGUACUUUCGUCCACAAUACACGUUUUCUGGUGCUCAUCUCACAUGCUAUAUACUGUAAAACAGUUUUAUACAAAAUUGUAUGACAAGUUCAUUGCUCAAAUAUGUACAGUUUUAAGGAUUUUCUAUUAGCUGCAGGUAAUAAUCAGCCGCAUGCUACAGACUCAACCAAGCUAGUUCACUUAAGCCUAUGCUGUUCCAUGGCUCUGUAUGCUCUUCAGAGAGCUGAAUAGCAGCCUGCCUUUGUGUUGAUAAUUAUGUACCUUGUGAUGUUGUCAUUUCUUAGCUUAAGUGUGCGCUUUCCCAGAAGAUAGAGCAGACUGAUGCCUGCAUAAGAUAAAUAAACAGGGUUAGUUCUAUGUGAAUCUGUUGGUAAAAAGAAACAAGAAAACAGGCAGCUGGUUUGCUGUGGUGGUUUUAAAUCAUUAAUUUGUAAAAAGAAGUGAAAGAAUUGUAUAGUAAAUUAAAUUGUAAACAAAGCUUUUUUAAUGCAAUGCUUUAGUAUUUUAGUACUGUAAAAAAAAUUAAAUAUAUACAUAUAUAUACAUAUAUAUAUGGGUUUAAAGCAGAAUUCACAUCAUGAUGGUGCUACUCAGCCUGCUACACAUAUAUCAUAAUGUGAGCUAAGAAUUCAUUAAAGAUUUGAGUGAUGUUCCUACUUGUCAUAUACCUCAACACUAGUUUGGCAAUAGGAUAUUGAACUGAGAGUGAAAGCUUAUAGCAUUGUGUACCAUCAUUAUUUUUCCAAGUCUUUUUUUUUUAAUUAUUAAAAGCAUACCUUUUUUCGAUACUUGAUUUCUUAAGCAAGUAUAACUUGAACUUCAACUUUUUUUGCUCUAAAAAUUCAGGGAUAUUUCAGCUCAUGUUCUCCUUAUGCCAACAUGUCACCUGUGUUUAUGUAAAGUUGUUGUAGGUUAAUAAAUAUAUUCUUUGUCAGGGAUUUAACCUUUUUAUUUUAAAUCCCUCCUGUUUUACUUGUAUAUGUACUGAUGUAACAAACUAAUUUUUGUAAAUCUGUUGGCUCUUUUUAUUGUAAAGAAAAGCAUUUUUAAAGUCUGAGGAAUUGUUUGACUGUUUUAAGCAGAAAAAAAAUUACAUGAAAAUGGAAUGCACUGAGUUGAUAAAGGGAAAUUUGUAAGGCAGGAGUUUGACAAGUGGCUGUUGGGUAGAGUCUUCACUCUCUAAAUAAAGCUUUCUGAUUCUGUAACUGAUAAGGACUUUCCCAAACAGGCAGAACACCUAGAGGUAUGGGGUGCAAUAAACUGUACAAUUACAUUUUGGACUUAAAAACAUUUCAGCCUGCUAGCAUUUCAAAUAAAUUCUUCAUCAAAGGAGGCCUUUGAGUUUAAUUGGUCAAAUCUUUAUAAGAUGGAUUUUGUCUUUUAAAAAAAUUGAAGUUUUGGCUGUGUUCAAUUUACAAACAUUUUUAAAAAAUGUUUGCUCGUCCAGCAAACCAUAUGAUUUUAAUGUUUUACAUAAUAUCCAACCUCAAACAUUGGGUUACUACAUGUGCAUGUGAUUUUUGAGUCAGCCAUCCUUCAUGAAUAUUUGGUUUCUGUCUCAUUCACUGUCAUUUGUCAAACUGCUGGCCAAUAAGAAUAGGAAAUAUAGUUUGGGGGGUUAGGAAGAGAUUAGGUAGGGAGGAAGAAUGGAAAUUGAGUGGUGUAUUAUAAAUAUCAGAUCUGUAAUUGUAAAUAUCAAACCUGCCUCAGUUAGAAUGAAUGGAAAGCAGAUCUACAAUUUGCUUAUAUAGGAAUAUCAGGUUGACUAUAUAGCCAUACUUGAAAAUGCUUCUGAGUGGUGUCAACUUUACUUGAAUGAAUUUUUCAUCUUGAUUGACGCACAGUGAUGUACAGUUCACUCUUAAAGCUAGUGGUUAACUUGUGUAGGAAACUUUUGCAGUUUGACACUAAGAUAAUGAACUUCUGUGUGCGUUUUUUUCUAUGCUUUAUUUUUUUAACUUAGUUUCAUUUCAUUUUCAUGAGAUGUUUGGUUUGUUCAUAAAAUCUGAGGAUGGUUAUAAAUACUGUAAGUAUUGUAAUGUUAUGAAUGCAGGUUAUUUGAAAGCUGUUUAUUAUUAUAUCAUUCCUGAUAACGCUAUGUGAGUGUUUUUAAUAAAAUUUAUAUUUAUUUAAUGCACUCUAA